GGCUGCCUGUCACGCCCGCCGUUCUCCCCGAUGAAGUGGAGCCUGCUGUUGGCGGUGCUGGUGACGGCCUCGGCCGACCGGCCGAAGCGGGCCCGGCUCGCCGACGACGGCGUGUUCGCGUCGCUGCAGCCGCAGGACAGCGAGUACCGCGAGCUCCGCUCCCUGGACGGCGUCUGGCAGUUUCGGCUGGCGCCACGCGCCGACCCGGAGCGCGGCUUCCGCGAGCGCUGGUUCGCGGCGCCGCUGGCCGCCUCCGGCGCCGUGUUGCCGAUGCCCGUGCCGUCCAGCUACAACGACAUCACCGAGCACGCGAGCGUGCGCGACCACCUAGGCUGGGCGUGGUACUCGACCGAGGCGUGGGUGCCACGCUCGUGGGCCGGCCAGCGCGCCGUGCUGCGUGUCGGCAGCGCGCACUACACGGCCAGCGUGUACGUGAACGGAGCGCUGGUGGUCACGCACAGCGGCGGCCACCUGCCGUUCGCCGCCGACGUCACGGACCGCCUCCAGCCCGGCCAGGCCAACCUCGUCACCGUCGCCGUCAACAACACACUGACGGACGUCACCGUGCCGCAGGGUCGCACCGUGUACAAGGACAACAACACCAACUAUGUGUACCCAGCCGGCUAUGCCACGCUCGAGUACAACUUCGACUUCUUCAACUACGCCGGCAUCCACCGGCCGGUGGUGCUGUACACGACGCCGCCGACGUUCAUCGACGACGUGGUCGUGACGACGACGCUGGAGAACGACGGCAGCGCCACGGUCAAGUACCACGUCAGCACCAGCUCGCGGCUGUCCGACGACAGCGCCACCAUUGAGGUCAGCCUGGCGACGCCCGACGGUAGCGUGAUGGCCGAGGCCGCCGGCUCCACCGGCUCCAUCAGCGUGACGGCGCCGCAGCUGUGGUGGCCGUACCUGAUGGACGCCCAGCCCGGCCGCCAGUACACGCUGGAGGUGCGCAUGGCGGCGGCGUCCGGCGCGCGCGACGUCUAUCGCCAGAAGUUCGGCAUCCGCCAGUUCAGCUGGAACGCCACGACGCUGGCCGUCAACGGCCGGCCCGUCUACAUCCGCGGCUUCGGCAUGCACGAGGACAGCGACCUACGCGGCAAGGGCCUCGACCUGCCGCUCAUCGUCAAGGAUUUCAACCUGAUCGAGUGGGUGGGCGCCAACUGCUUCCGCACGUCGCACUACCCGUACGCGGAGGAGAUCAUGGACGCGGCGGACGCGCGCGGCAUCCUGGUCAUCGACGAGACGCCGGCCGUGUCGCUCGACUACUCUGCCACCGCGGGCGACGACCGCCUGCUGAACGAGCACCUCGCCGCGCUCGACGGCAUGAUUCGGCGCGACAAGAACCGGCCGUCCGUCUUCAUCUGGUCGCUGAGCAACGAGGCCAAGACCAGCCAGCCCGAGGCCGUGCCUUACUACACGCGCCUCGUGAACUACGCGCGCACCCUGGACGGCACCCGGCCGAUCACGGCCGUGCUCAACACGUACCCGGACGCGGAGCUGAUUGCGCCACUAAUUGACGUGGUCUGCGCCAACCGCUACUUCGGCUGGUACUCGGACACGGGCCACACGGAGGUCAUCGAGCUGCAGUCGGAGCACUUCUUCACGCUCUGGCACGAAACGUUCCACAAGCCGGUGAUCAACUCCGAGUACGGCGCCGACACGGUGGCCGGCCUGCACGAAGAGCCCACUUUCGUCUUCUCCGAGGAGUACCAGACGCAGCUGAUGGCGCGCAACUUCCACGCGUUCGAGGCGAUGCGCGCGCGGGGCUGGUUCGCCGGCGAGAUGAUCUGGAACUUCGCCGACUUCAUGACCAAGCAGGACACGACGCGCGUGGUUGGCAACCGCAAGGGCAUCUUCACGCGGCAGCGGCAGCCCAAGAUGGCGGCGCACCUGCUGCGCUCGCGCUACUGGGGCCUGGCGCGGCUGACCGACUGGCCCGACCUGCCGCUGCCCGCCGACCUCAUGUUCUCUGAGAGCUACACGGCGCUGGACGACGACCAGUGCCCGGCGCCCUAGUAGGCUGGCGACGAGGGGGCGCGCACGGGCGCAUGGGUAGUGGUGCUGCUACCUGGUUGGAGCCCCACUGUCUCCUGGCUUUGUUGAUUCCAAUCAUCUAGCCACCUUCAAGUGUAUGAUAUUGCUGACAAUGACAGACCUGUAAUGCUCUAUAACCAUCUGAUUACCUGAAGCAUCCAGUGUGUAAGACAAGUGUAGUAAGGCAUCAGUUGAAGGGGUGCUUAUCAUGUGUUUGUGUGCAUGUAUGUGCAUCAUUUUGCCAAUACACAAUGGAAUGAAGCUUUCA